GAGAGGGCGGGCGACAGCGCGGGGAGAGCGCGGGCGAGCCGGAGCUGCCUGCCGGCGGAGCGGAGGCAGCGGGCCGCGGACGCGGAGCGGGAGCGGGGCGAGGCUGGGACCCGGGCGCGCGCACUCCGCCGCCAAGUGCCAACUUCCCCGGGGAGAGGGCCGGGCGCGCACCGUCUGGGCGCGGCGCAAAGUCAGCGGAAACUGCAGAUUUUAGGGAAGAAAGUCGGAUUCCCCCUGUCCCCUGUCCCUGGUUACGAAUCCCCAUUAAAAAGAAAAACAAGAAAAACAGCAAACUUGCUAUAAUCCUGUCCCCCCACUCCUGGCACCAUGAAGGCGGCCGUCGAUCUCAAACCGACGCUCACCAUCAUCAAGACGGAAAAAGUCGAUCUGGAGCUUUUCCCCUCCCCGGCCCCAGAAGACGUGGAUGCCAGGUGUCUGUCUCUGGAAAUGGGCGUCGCCCAGCCUCUCCCACCAUCCCUCGAUAUGGAAUGUGCUGAUGUCCCACUCUUAACUCCAAGCAGCAAGGAGAUGAUGUCUCAAGCACUGAAAGCUACUUUCAGUGGUUUCUCUAAAGAGCAGCAACGACUGGGAAUUCCAAAAGACCCCCGGCAGUGGACAGAAACCCACGUUCGGGACUGGGUGAUGUGGGCUGUGAAUGAGUUCAGCCUGAAGGGUGUGGACUUCCAGAAGUUCUGUAUGAACGGAGCAGCCCUUUGUGCCCUGGGGAAAGAUUGCUUUCUCGAACUGGCCCCGGACUUCGUUGGGGACAUCCUGUGGGAACAUCUUGAGAUCCUGCAGAAAGAGGAUGUGAAACCUUAUCAAGUGAAUGGAAUCAACCCUACCUAUCCAGAAUCCCGUUAUACCUCGGAUUACUUCAUUAGCUAUGGUAUCGAGCACGCCCAGUGUGUUCCCCCCUCGGAGUUCUCAGAGCCCAGUUUCAUCACAGAGUCCUACCAGACGCUCCACCCCAUCAGCUCGGAGGAACUCCUAUCCCUCAAGUAUGAGAACGACUACCCCUCCGUCAUUCUCCGGGACCCUCUGCAGACAGACACCUUGCAGACUGACUACUUUGCUAUCAAACAAGAAGUCGUCACCCCCGACAACAUGUGCAUGGGGAGGACCAGUCGUGGUAAGCUCGGGGGCCAGGACUCUUUUGAGAGCAUAGAGAGCUACGAUAGUUGUGACCGCCUCACGCAGUCCUGGAGCAGCCAGUCAUCUUUCAACAGCCUGCAGCGAGUUCCCUCCUAUGACAGCUUCGACUCAGAGGACUAUCCCACCGCCCUGCCCAACCACAAGCCCAAGGGCACCUUCAAGGACUAUGUGCGUGACCGUGCUGACCUCAACAAGGACAAGCCUGUCAUUCCUGCUGCUGCCCUGGCUGGCUACACAGGCAGUGGACCAAUCCAGCUGUGGCAGUUUCUUCUGGAAUUACUCACUGAUAAAUCCUGUCAGUCUUUUAUCAGCUGGACAGGAGAUGGCUGGGAAUUCAAGCUUUCUGACCCAGAUGAGGUGGCCAGGAGAUGGGGAAAAAGGAAAAAUAAACCGAAAAUGAAUUAUGAGAAACUGAGCCGUGGCCUACGCUACUAUUAUGACAAAAACAUCAUCCACAAGACAGCGGGUAAACGCUAUGUGUACCGCUUUGUGUGUGACCUGCAGAGCCUGCUGGGAUACACACCCGAGGAACUCCAUGCCAUGCUGGACGUCAAGCCCGAUGCUGAUGAGUGAUGGACACCAGAGGGCUCGGGGGAAACUCUGAUGAGACAUUUCAGAGAACAACCGCGUCGGUCGGACUCUUUAUUUUUAAUUGUUAUUCUAUUUUUAAUUUUCCAGAACUCAUUUUUUACAUUCAGGGGUGGGAGCUAAGUGAGCUGCAGCUAUAAUCAAUUGUGCACAGUUGGAUAAAGAGAGCCAGGACUUGCGGGGUGGGUGGGACAAGAAAUUCUUGCGCAAAUUUUCUGGAGCAGGAGAAUGAGAAGGGUUUGCUUAGAAGCUUGAAGAAUCUGGCCUAAGGGAGGAUGAGACUAAUGUGUCCAAUCAUUUAAAAUAAUCAUCCAGGAAAAAAAAAAGGUGUCUUGAUUUAUGGUCUAAUAGGAAAAGAAAUUGACCCAUCAGGAGUCAUGAGACCAAUGAAAGGCAAUUAGUUUGCUUUUGAUUUUAGGUCUGGGAGGACAAAAACAAGGAAGGUGGGAUAAAACAUUUUGUUUGGGGGAUGCUCUAAAAACCAAGGACUAUUCACUUUUUACUCUAUUUUCAAAACAAAGAUGAACUUCAGUGGGGAAGGGCCAACACUGUUUUUGUGUUAAAACUUACUUUAUUAAAAUUUGUGCCAGUAUUUUUUUUUUCUUAAAAAUCGUCGUAAGCUCUAAGGUGGUCUCAGUAUCGUAGUAUCAUGAAAGUUUGUUUUUAUUUGCCGGCUGAGGAGUCUGUCACAGUGCAAGAAAACUGUUUAUAUAGACCCCACUGGAAAUGCAAAGUGUUGUCACUGAGAUGGGGAAUCCCAUAUUCAUGUGACUUAUAUAUGAAGGAAAAUCUAAUGCUGAUUUGGGUACAAGGGAACUGUACAUGUGACUUUCAUCUAUGAUUUAAAAAAAAUUAUUAUCACACCCCUCUACUUACUUGUCAUUAGUGGAUUCUCGGGGUUUGUACUUAACCUUGAGCUAAGAAGCAUUAAGUCUUUGAACUGAAUGUAUUUUGCAGCCUUGGUUUUGGACCACAGUAAAUGUAGGAGCACUGUUGAAGUCAUGGAAAGGAGGUCAAAGGAGAAAGAUUCAAUUGUUUGUUUAUUGGUUUUACACCUGCAACAUGUAUGACUUGGAACAAAAGCUGUAGGAAUGGGCAUUACCCCUCAGGGCUUAAGAAAUAAGUCCUGAACACAUGUCAUUCCAAACUAAUGCUGUACACUUUCUCCUUUAUGUCUUAUUUUCCCAGCAGCCCACAUGUAUUGCUUUUCCCCCAUUGUUAUUCAGUGAGAGAAAUGUACAGCUUUCUGAUGGGUUAGUCAGAGAGUAACUGCAGACAUGACAUGAGUUAAAGAGCAUCUGAUCAAGCUAUUCAGACUUACUGGGUUUGCAGAGAGAUGGAAAUUAAGGGAACCUUUAAGUAUAAUGUGGCUUGGCUGUCUUUGGGAGGAGAAAUGCAGGGCUUUCUUUUGAAGAAUUUAAGCCAGUUGAGCAGGGUGUUGGGUUAAGACUGUGUAGGUAGAGAGAAUAGUGCAAAUGCUAUUAGGGUCUGUGCCUCUUGGCAUGGGGUAAGUGAAGGUCAAUAAUUGCAGAAGAGAGGCAUAACUUGAAGGCAGAGGACACAAGAAAAGGAGCCCGAGUGAAGAAAAUAAGGUGGUGAUUUGAAUAUAUUUUUAGUUCCCCCAAACUAUACAGACUUAGUAAACGGAGGCAACUGUGAAGGAUAAUAAUGAAAACAGGGUUAGGGGUUAUGGGGGCAACAUCUACCUAGUGAGGAAAAGUGUCUAAUACAACUAUAAUCACCCCCACCAUAUAGAUGCCUGAUUGAAAAGAGGGAUGGCUUUAUGGACUUGAGUGAAAGAGGUGAAGAAACAUUUAAGAUGGACUUCUCAGGGCUAGCUCUUCUUGGGCUUUCGCUGAGAAACUGGAAGUACUACCUACCUUCUGGAAGCAUGUCUUCAAGGAAGUGGUUUGUUUACACCCAGGUCCUCCUGCAGAUCCUGAAUUACCAGGGACUGAGCUCUGUGAUUCAUGAGUUUCCUCAGACUGAUAAAUCAGAGCAUGCACUUGGAAAGCAGAGACAGAAUCAGCCCAGCUGUGUAUUUUGAUCUUCCGGAUGCAGGUGCCUUAACGAAGCUCUCGAAAUAUUUUAGGAGCUGCUCAGGGAGUGUUAGGCAGAACUGUUGGACUACAUUGUUUUCUCUUAGAUUAUGUGAUCUUUGUUGGGCACUGGCAAAGGGGCACUUGUGUGUGUGUGUGUUUGUGUGUGUGAGUGUGUAUGUUUGCAGACAUGCAAAACUGCAGCUGAGGUAAUACCUGGAUUUUCUAGUGAAUUCUUUCCACAUUUCAGUCAUGGGCAAGAGUAGAGCCAAGGCAGGGCAUCAGUCAUUGCUUGCUGUUUGCAACCAGGAAUAAAAUGACUUUCUCAACUCAUCAACCUUUUCUUUUGCAUUUAUGCUGAAAACUCCCCAUGUGUGAGUGUGUCUGAACUCCUGCAAUAAUUCCAUAGCAGAUAAGACACAAUAAAGUGCCUCCUCAUGCUCCUCGGCCUGCUUGUUUGCAAAGAUGCCUCUUUGGGUCCUCCAUUUUCAGUAUUUGUAGAUAGCUUAUUAAGACAGCUUUGUCGAUCUGGCCAGAUGCUUUUUCUCCUUCUGUCCAAAGGCCAGAGACCAUCCCAGGAAGAGUGGUGGGUGGUUUAUACACUGGAAAUGUAGCAGAAUUGUUGCAUUUAUGCUUUUUAAAAACACAUGUUAACUUCAGAGGAAGGAUGGGCAAAUCUGGUUUAGCUGGGUGAAACCUUUGUUUUCCAAGAGAUGCCCUCACCUCUGGGUUUUGGCUGUAGGGUUCAGAGUCAACUUUUGUUCCUGUCUCCAUUCAGGGGAGGGACUUCCCUACACAGAGCCCUGGCUUUGUGGUUAUGGGGACUGGAGGUGGCAUUCAAAGAUCAGAUGUCCUUUUCCUCACUUUGGAGAUGAACACUCUGGGUUUUAGAGCAUUAACCUGCCUAAUCUUCAUUGUGAAAUUAUACCUUCUCUAUUCUAGACAUGCUGUGCGUGCUGCUUUCUCUGUUGGGGUCUAUAUAAAUGUGUUGAGCUCAUACCUACAUUCCAAAGAAGUUUCAAGGAAUCAUAAAUAUAUGUAUACAUAUACAUAUAUAAAGUAUAUAUAUUAAAAUGAAAUUAUAUCAGGAAUACUGCCUCAGUUAUUGAACUUUUUUUAAGAAUAGUUUUGCUUUGUUUUUUAAGCUGAGAAGUAUAGGGGUGAAAAAGAUGUUAUAUUGUGUUUGACUAUUUUCCAACUUGUAUUUUCAUAUAAUUUAUAUUUUUUAAGAGUUGAAAAUUUAAAAGCAAGAUGAAAAAAGGAAAAGCAGGUGCUUUUUAAAAAUCAGAACUGAGGUAGCUUAGAGAUGUAGCGAUGUAAGUGUCUUAUGUGUUUUUUUUUUUUAAACAAAAACAUUUCUUACGGGGGAGUCUUUCAUUUGUUUAUUUUAGUAGCUGAUGCUGGCACAUCAUUUUGCUGGAGAGUUUUUUAUAUACUGUAGCCUGAUUUCAUAUUGUAUUUUAAACUGUGUGAGAUUAAAAACAAAGAAAUUCAUUCCUAACAA